UUUUUUUCACAGAAUGCAAAUGAAGAGGAAGGUGUAGACAUUAACCAAUCGACAAGAUUAAGAUCAAACCUGGGAAAAAGCAACGCAAUAAAACCAAGAUGACUAGAAGUCAUCGAGACCCCAUCAAAACAGAUUGUGAAACACAGUCAGAUGAUGUUGACUCCAAUAGAGAAGAUUCAGACAUUAGCCAAGCCCCCUCUCUCAGCAGUAAUGGGCUUACUUUCAACAUCAUCCAAAUCAAAGAGGAGGCAACAGACUUUGAAGUGCAUGAAACAAGUGAGGAACAUAACGGAAUCAGAUCAAAUGAUCACUUAGAUUCUAGAGCACUCCACCAGGAUUCUGGAACCAUCAAAACCAAGACUGAAACAGGUUCUGUUUACAUUAGCCAAGGAACGGCAGAAAUUUAAGACUGAGCAUGAUUCUGGAAUCAGAGUGGUUAAGACAGAAACUCUAGUUUAUGCCCCCUCACACAGCUGCCCCCACUGCAGCUGCAUGUUCCACACACCACAGCAGCUACUUGUCCACACCUGCCAGGUCGUGAAUUCUGACAACAUUGUGGAUUUUUUGUUGAAGACCCCGUUUCAUUCUUUGGAGUCCACAGAAAGGGUGCGAAUUAAAACCGAGGGUCGACCUCUGCCUGAAAUCAAGUACAUAAGGAAGGAUGACAAAGUAAGGAGGGCGUUCAAUACCAACUGGUAUAAAAAGUAUCAAUGGCUAACCGGGAGUCUUUCAUCAAGCCGCUUGUAUUGCUGGCCUUGUCUGCUCUUUGGAACGUUUGAGCCUUGGGCUAAAGGGGGGUUCAGUGACCUGAAGAACAUUGACCGUUCAGCUAAACGGCAUGACGAAAGCCGGGAGCAUCUCAACUCCUACGCGAAACUCAAGCUUUUGGGACAACCGAGUCAUCGUGCCAAUCAUUCACUCAAUGAAGGCCUGCGUAUUCAAGCUGCGCAACACAACGAGAAGGUCAGAAGAAACAGGGAUGUUCUCAAACGCCUCAUUGACAGCAUUGCAUACUUAGGCAUGCAAGAGUUGGCUUUUAGGGGGCACGAUGAGACAGAAAGUUCCGCUAACAAAGGCAACUACAGGGAAUUGGCAGAGGUAAUCGCACGGUAUGAUGCUUUACUCGCUCAGCAUAUGGAAUCUUCAACUGUGUUCACUGGAAUGUCAAGAACAAUUCAGAACGACUUGAUAACUGCUAUCGCAUCAUCAAUUAAAAGUGAGAUUAAAAGCGAGGUUGACGCUGCUCCAUUUUUCUCAUGGCAAAUGGAUGAAACCACAGACCACUCGCAAUUGUCUGUCAUUGUCAGGUAUGUGGAUGAUCGGGGGUGUGUACAGGAGCGUUUCUUGGGAUACUUUGACGUGUCAGCUGGGCGAGAUGCACAGUCUGUGUUUGAUCUAGUGAAUUCGGAGAUGUCAGAGUUUAACUUUGUGGAGAAACUAGUCGCUCAAACAUAUGAUGGCGCGGCUGUAAUGGCUUCUGAUUUAAAUGGUCUGCAAGCAAAAGUAAGAGCUGUAGCUCCGAGCGCCACCUUUGUGCAUUGCUAUGCACAUCCCCUCAACUCCAUAUUAAGCCAGAGCGUGAAGUCUAUGCCCAAGACCAAGGUUUUCUUUGCCACACUGGGUGGCUUCUCAACUUUUUUUUGUAAGUCCACCAAUCGAGAGAUGCUUCUAGAAAAGGCCGCUUGUGCGAGUUUGCCAAAAAACGCACCAACGUAUUGGAAUUUCACAUCCAGAGUCGUUAACACCGUGGCAAAGAACUUUGAGCAUCUGUUGGACACAUUCACAAGUAUCACAGAGCAUCCUAACAUGGAUGAUGAGACGAUAUUUGAUGCAAAUGGGUUCAAGACACAGCUGGAAGAUUUUCAUUUUAUUUUUUUGCUUCUCACUUUUGAAUAUAUAUUUGCUUACACAGAUGUGGUUUUUGACAGUGUGCAACAGAAUGCCAUGGAUGUAGAAUUUUGUAAGAGGAGGAUUGAGAAUCUUCUACUCAAGAUAGAGGAGCACAAAUCUGAAGAAUCAUUUAGUGCUUUAUGUCAGAAGGCUUCGAACAUGACAGAUGAUCCAGAGUUGAUGCACAGAAGGAAGCGGAGGCAGGGCACUCAGGAUGUAAUGCAGACUUACAAAUCACUGUACGAUUCAAUCCAUGACAACAUCAAGACGCAAAUAGCACAGAGGUUCCAAAGCCUGGACAGCAGGAGAUACAUGGAGUUGUUAGAUGAUGAGAAAUUUGAGUCAUUCCGGAGAGAAUUCCCUACAAAUGCAAUGGAAAGCCUGUCCCAGAGCUAUGGGCGUUUUUUCAACAUGGAAAAACUGAAAAAUGAGCUGCAAGUGUUCUACUGUGGUGAGGAGCUUCAAGGGAACAGUCGAAAACUGUGUGACAGAAUCUUGCAUUUCAAGGGGUGUGGAUUGAAUGAAGUGAUGCCUGAGCUGUACCGGCUCAUGUGCCUAGUUGCAACUAUAGGGGCAACGUCAGCGGGCGUGGAGAGCAGAUUCUCUCGUCUGAAGAGGCUGAAAAGCUACACUAGGAACACCAUGGGACAAGAGCGACUCAGGAACCUGGCAAUCCUAUCCAUAGAAAGGAGAAUUCUUAAAUCACUGCAGAAGAAUCCUCACUGGUAUGAGAGGGUCAUUGACCAGUUUGCCAACCAGACUAUGAGAAGAAUGGACUUUAUAUUCAAGGUAACAUAUAUGAAUUCUAACAUUUUUUAAUAUUUAUAACAUGUUCAAAUUGUGCUGUUUUUUAAUUGCAUCUAUAUGUGUAAUAGAUUGUAUAUUUAUGUAAAUAGUAUUUUUUAGGCCUAACUGUGUUUUGAAUUGAUUUUUUUCCAACAGUGAUUGAGACUGGAUGGUGGAAACUCCCAGAACUACUGAGAGGGAGUAUAAGGUCCCAUGAUGCCAGUGAUGUCUUAAAAGCAGCGUGUAGCUCCUGUUUGUAAGCAUGUGCACAUGUCCACAACCUCUCAUUCUUCCUCUGGAAACCUCAACCCUUCUCAUCCAGCGUUGACUAAAGCUAUCCGUGUCAUCGAAAGUUGUCAGUUUGUUUGACAUCUGCUGCUGCUGCAAAAGAACAGUACAACUUAGAGUAUUUUGGUGAAUGCCAGUUUUCCUUUCCCAGUUUAUAUGCCUUUUGGAGCCUGCACCCAAAGACUUGUUUGAACUGUUGAGUUGAGCAUGCCAAUUCUUGAUUUAGUGUUGUAUUUUGUAGUUAUUAUGGAUCCCCAUUAGCUGCUGCCUUGGCAGCAGCUACUCUUCCUGGGGUCCAGCUAAAUUAAGGCAGUUAUAAAAAUUUUGUAGUUGAUUAACAAGGGAAAAGUGAUGCACAGAUGAUGGUUUUAUAUGCCCGAUUUACUGCCUGGUAAUAACAAAAGUGACAAUGAUUACUGUUAAUAAAGUAUGUGAAAGAAGACACGUUUGUUGUUGUUGUUUGGUAAUUGCACAUUAGACAUGACAUUAAAAUGAAUAAUACAGUAAUCACUUCAACAGCUGUAGAACAUCCUGUCAUAGCUGAUUUGUGUCAAUCCAUACACCCAUCAAUGGCCUGCACUGGUUUUGAUAUUGCACCAUGUCUCACUUGCUAAUAAUCAUACACAUUCAUUCUAUUGAAGAUGAUUGGGCCAAGCAUGUAGGCUACGUUGUCAUUCCCACAUCUUGACAGUGAUGGACUCUAUACCAAGUAGGGUAGGGUUUCUAUGCUCUAUGCUGAUUUUCUCCAUUCUAGCCAUUCCAAUGAGCCCGUCCUCCCAUAGCUCCUCCCACCAGCCUCCGCUGUAGUUUAGAUAUUGGCUACAAUAACCAUCAUCUUGCUAAUCCAAUGGACACAUUUAAUCUUUGACAACAAUAUUACAGUAAGUACUGCUUUGAUAUAGCUAUAAAAUGAGAAGGGCGCAACUGCUACAAAACUGAUACCAAGGAUACACUACAUGGCCAAAAUUAGUGGAUUCGGCUAUUUCAAUCACACCCGUUGCUGACAGGUGUAUAAAAAAUCGAGCACACAGCCAUGCAAUCUCCAUAAAUAAACAUUGGCAGUAGAAUGGCCCGUACUGAAGAGCUCAGUGACUUUCUAGGGCGUUGUGCCAGGUUAAGAGCGUUGUGCCAGUAACCGAAAGGUCGCUGGUUCUAAUCCCCAAGCCGACUAGGUGAAAAAUCUGUCGAUGUGCCCUUGAGCAAGGCACUUAACCCUAAUUGCUCCUGUAAGUCGCUCUGGAUAAGAGCGUCUGCUAAAUAACCUAUUAUUAUUAUUAUUAUUUCAACGUGGCACCGUCAUAGGAUGCCACCUUUCCAACAAGUCAGUUCGUCAAAUUUCUGCCCUGCUAGAGCUGCCCCAGUCAACUGUAACUGCUGUUAUUGUGAAGUGGAAACGUCUAGGAGCAACAACAGCUCAGUCGCAAAAGUGGUAGGCCACACAAGCUCACAGAACGGGACCGCCGAGUGCUGAAGAGUGUAGUGCGUAAAAUCGUCUGUCCUCGGUUGCAACACUCACUACCGAGUUCCAAACUGCCUCUGGAAGCAACGUCAGCACAAUAACUGUUCGUCGGGAGCUUCAUGAAAUGGGUUUCAAUGGCCGAGCAGCCGCACACAAGCCUAAGAUCACUAAUGCCAAGCGUCAGCUGGAGUGGGGUAAAGCUUGCUGCCAUUGGACUCUGGAGCAGUGGAAACGCGUUCUCUGGAGUGACGAAUCACGCUUCACCAUCUGGCAGUCUGACGGAUGAAUCUGGGUUUGGCUGAUGCCAGAAGAACGCUACCUGCCCGAAUGCAUAGUGCCAACUGUAAAGUUUGGUGGAGGAGGAAUAAUGGUCUGGGGCUGUUUUUCCUGGUUCGGGCUAGGCCCCUUAGUUCCAGUGAAGGGAAAGCUUAACGCUACAGCAUACAAUGACAUUCUAGACGAUUCUGUGCUUCCAACUUUGUGGCAACAGUUUGGGGAAGGCCCUUUCCUGUUUCAGCAUGACAAUGCCCCCGUGCACAAAGCGAGAUCCAUACAGAAAUUAUUUGUUGAGAUUGGUGUGGAAGAACUUGAUUUGCCUGCACAGAGCCCUGACCUCAACCCCAUCGAACACCUUUGGGAUGAAUUGGAACGCAGACUGCGAGCCAGUCCUAAUCGCCCAACACCUGUGCCCGACCUCACUAAUGCUCUUGUGGCUGAAUGGAAGCAAGUCCCCGCAGCAAUGUUCCAACAUCUAGUGGAAUGCCUUCCCAGAAGAGUGGAGGCUGUUAUAGCAGCAAAGGGGGAACCAACUCCAUAUUAAUGCCCAUGAUUUUGGAAUUAAAUGUUCGAGGAGCAGGUGUCCACAUACUUUUGGUCAUGUAGUGUACUUUUGACUUUUCCCUUUCUGUGCUGAUAACAUAGAGAUAGAUAUAAGACAUCUUUGUAUCUGUGCCAUUAUAGCAAAGAUUUUUUUUUAUAACUAACCCAAGAUAGACCAGAGCCUGUCGUUUCCAAUGGGAGCAAAUUAAUCAUAGUGGGCAGAACAAGCACUAGCUAGUGAGAUCCUAUUGGCACGUUCUAGCAUUUAUUUGCAUAUUGCCAUUAGGGAACACCUACUCUGUGAAGUGUGUGUGUGUGUAAUAACUCAAUUCGCCUUUGCACUCCUUCUAAACAACGCAAUUUUUUUGAAUUUUGGCAAAGGGUAAUGUCUACAAAAUGCAGUCCACUCUGUUACAUAUUCUAGUUUUGGAAACAGAAAACUGUAUGGAGAUUAAAUGUUUCAUCGAUUAGAACAUUUGCAGAAUGUCGGCCAAAAUCCAUCUCGUUCCAUCUUCUCCUACUGCUUAUAGUGUCUGUGACAGCAUGGGCAGCGGCAUUGAGGCAAUCUCCAUUUUGAAGUAGUCAAUUUUCUUCUUCACAAUUGGCUGAUCCCUCCUGAUGGCCUGGUUGGACCUGACUCCCAACAGGGUCUCCAGGAGGGAUCCGCCAAUGAAGUUCUAAGUCCCACCCAGUUGGCUACAUUAAAAUGGUGGAAUCCCUCCAUCGUGCUGCCCAUGCUAAUACGACCUUUUGGCCACUAGAGGCCUCUAUCAUUCUCUAUGGCUGAUACUUCUUUAGCGAGAAUUAAUAUUUCUUUAAGAAUCGAUCAAUCGGUCAACAGGCGCUAAAUCUUUGCACAUGAUCCAGGGACCUUUGCCUGAUUGGUCAGGUUUCAUUACAUAAACAAUCCCGGAAAUGCAGCGUCUUUCUGGUCAAAGAUGGUGGAUAAAUUAAGAUGUCCCACUCAGGCCGUUGAUCAUUGAAAUAAAAUGGACAGUUCCGGUCUGCUUACCGUUGUGGCUCUCCAAUGCAGCUGGGUCAGGUCUGCUUAGUUCAUUGACAUAUAUGAACCAGAAAAAUUAGGGAGUGGGAGGUCUCGCUUCCUCUUCCGUUUCUGUUUCCGGUGACAACAAUCUGAAAUAAGGUAGCUAGCUAAGCGAAGCUAUUUUCAAAACUUUGCUAGCUUGCUUUAAAAAAAACAUUUUUCAUCCGUGAGCAUUUUCCUCUCGUGGUUGUCUUCAUAAUCAAGAUAUCUACAUUUGGUGGGUGACAAUCAUACAAAGUAGCAAGGUAACGUUAGCUAACAGACACGUUUAGCUAUCUUGCUACGACUAUGCAAGCUUAUAUACGAACGACGACGUAAAAAUCUAGCUAGGUAGAUUGUAACCAAAAUAUUUACUCUGCAUGCUAGCAGGAUGUCCAUUUGACCGUGGUAAUGAUGGUAAUGAACGGCUAAGAAGUAGUAGGCUAUUGAGAGUGUUACUAAACCAGACUUCAGCAUAGACUGUUGGCUAAUGCAGAAUUGGUGUUUCUUACUUUGGAUGGGUUAUUAUGAUCCCUGAUAGCUCUCUGUAAGCGUCAUGUUCAAUCAAACCUGGUCUUUUCUCCACAGAAUGUAAAGGAAUGGGAAGGUGUUGACUUAACCAGAGACACUCUAGUCAACAAGAUGAAGAACAAAUCUGUGAAAAAGCAACACAACAAAACCAAGAGGACUAAACACCAUCGAGACCCCAUCAAAACAGAGUGUGGAACACAGUCAGAUGAUGUUAACUGCAAAAGAGAAGAACCAGACAUUAGCCAAGCUCCCUCUCACAACACUAAAGGGGUUACUUCCAACUCCAUCCAAAUCAAAGAGGAACCAACAGACUUUGAAGUGCAGAGUCAUCGCUUCGAUUCUAGAGCACUCCACAAGGAUUCUGGAACCGUCAUAACCAAGACUGAAACCGAUUCCGUUUACAUUAGCCAAGGAACAGUAGAGAUAAAAACAGAGUAUGAUUCUGAUUCUGAAAUACAUAAGGUGGUGGUUAAGAGAGAAACUCAAGUGUGUUUCAUGAAGGAGGAGAAUGUGGGUGAAGAAAACCCAGAUGAGGACACAGAUGAGGACACCGAAGACAGGAGGGAUACAGACCGCAACAGAGGUAUGCAUACAUACCCACCCUUAAAAUCAGUGUCAUCUUAAAAGUUUGCAUGAAUAUUUGAUAUUGACAGACUAGGCUAAAUGGCUAUUUGAUAUUGACUUUGAAUUGAAGAUUCAUCAUGAGUAUAUAGGACUACUCUCCUUUACUAUUGCAAUUAUGUUGUAUUCGUCACAUACACAGUUUACAGCAGGUAUAAAAGGUGCAGUGAAAUGCUUACGUGCUAGCUCCCUCAACUAUGCAGUACAUCAGUCAAUAGCAAUAAUAACAAUAAAAGGAGUCAAGUCAAUAACAACUCCUCUUAUUAUAACCAUCUGUUAUUCUCCCAUUUUAUUUUUCUACCCCUUCUUCCACCACUCUCUUUCCCUCUACCUCAGUCUCUUCUCCUCAGUUCUUUCCUUGCCCAUACUGCACCAUCUCCUUCACCGACCAUUCCUUCCUGGAGAAGCACAUCAAGUGGAACCACCAGAAGGAGUAUCUGGCCAUGUUGAGAAACAGUUUUUCAAAGAGCAGUGGAACAGAGACGCUACCAACACACAGCUGCCUCCACUGUAGCCUCAUGUUCCAAACCCCACGGCUGCUUAGCAUCCACACUCGCCAGAUCCACCCUUCAGCCGUUCCCCGGAAACCUGUCCGUCCCCACAGGGUUUCGAGGAAACUCUACACCUGCCCACAGUGUGCCCGCAGAUUCAGGUACCUGGGCAGUCUGCAAAACCAUUGCGAGCUUUCACACAAAAUGGCUGUUGUUAGCACCAAUGGACACCUCAGUUGUGCCGAUUGUGGGAAGAGCUUCAAGAAUUGUUGGGGACUGGGACCUCACCAGUGUCACGAACAAGAGGGCACUGAACCUCAGGACAUUAAGCCUGUGGUCUGUCUGGAAGUCGGCUUCCAUUGCUCAGAGUGUGGCAAGAUCCUCUGUAGUCCUCAGAGCCUGAACAUUCACAUGCGAAUUCACACCGGAGAGAAGCCUUAUGCCUGCAAAGAGUGUGGCAAAAGAUUUGCAGAGAGCGGCAGUUUACGCAAACACCUGCUGAUACACUCGGGAGUGAAGGCGUUCAAAUGCCAGGAAUGUGGGAAGGAUUUUGCCCGUAUGAAGGGUCUCAGGAGUCACAUGACAACUCACUCUGGCAAAAAGCAGUACUCCUGCUCCCAAUGUGACCGGCAGUUUGGAUACAAGUCUAGUCUGACCAUUCACCUACGCUCUCACACAGGGGAGAAACCCUUUCACUGCACAGUGUGUGGUAAAGAC